AUGGACGCUACCGAUGGCCUGCAGCGUGGUCAGGAAGAGUUGAUCAACAACAUCGCCAAGGGCCAUGGUGGUCUAUCGGUAUUUGCUGGUGUAGGCAUUAUCAAAUACAGCGAUGGCUUUUUAGAAAGUAUGGAGAAAGGCGGUUGGGACCUAAGCACCGUUAAUGCAGACGAUAUGAAGGAGUCUAAGGCUUCUUUCGUUUUCGGUCAGAUGAACGAACCUCCCGGGGCGCGUGCACGGGUAGCGCUUUCAGGCCUUACCUUAGCUGAAUACUACCGCGAUGGCGAUAAAGACAGCGAAGGCGCUGGCCGCGAUAUCCUAUUCUUUGUUGACAAUAUUUUCCGCUUUACCCAGGCGGGUUCCGAGGUAUCGGCACUUCUUGGUCGUAUGCCUUCAGCGGUAGGUUACCAGCCUACUUUGGCUACCGAGAUGGGUGCCAUGCAAGAGCGUAUUACUUCAACCAAGUCAGGUUCAAUUACAUCGGUUCAGGCGGUUUAUGUUCCUGCGGAUGACUUGACUGACCCGGCUCCGGCAACAACUUUUGCUCACCUUGACGCUACUACUGUAUUGAGCCGUAAGCUUGCUGCACUGGGUAUUUACCCUGCGGUAGAUCCACUGGAUUCUACGUCACGAAUUCUGGCGCCAGAGAUUAUUGGCGAUGAGCAUUACAAUUGUGCGCAGCGCGUGAAAGAAAUCUUGCAGCGCUACAAAGAACUUCAGGAUAUUAUUGCCAUCCUGGGUAUGGACGAACUUUCUGAAGAGGAUAAAUUAGUUGUAGCACGUGCACGUAGAGUACAGCGUUUCUUGUCUCAACCAUUCCAUGUGGCCGAACAGUUUACCGGUAUACCAGGAGUAUUUGUAAGCAUUGAAGACACCAUUAAAGGAUUUAACAUGAUUCUUGAUGGAGAAAUGGAUCAAUAUCCGGAAGCUGCUUUUAACCUCAAAGGCACAAUUGAAGAAGUGCGCGAGGCCGGUGAGAAAAUGCUUGCUGAAAAUUAA